AUUCACUCCAGUCAUUUUCAAAUUUAUAUUCCGAAAUAAGAAAUAAACUAAUUCUUCCCCUCAACUCAGAGUCUAUAGUCUACUUACUUGGAAAAAGGGCAACAUUUCUCUUUAGAUCUGAGCUUGAGAUUAAUCUCACUUCAAUAAUUAGGGUUUGUAGGUUUUUAUCUUCCAUAGCGUAUCAGACUUCAAAGCUCUGAGCUUUUUCUUAUUUUUUUCUCCUCUUAUUUAAGGCGGAGAAAUUCUAGGCUUCUGUGAUUGUAUCGGAGAAGUAAAAAGAUUUUAUUGAAGAAAGUGAAGCCGUAUUUGACUAUAUAGGCAGGACGUUGUUUUCGGUCUUUGAGCUUGUUGAAGUGGAAACCUUGAUUUUGAAAAAGAAAAAGACUAUUUUUUACUUUUGAAGCUGAAAAUAUUCGUAGAUUUUGAUGCGAUUUCUAGCUGGUUAAGAGUUUCCAGGUUGAUUCGUUAAUCUUUGGUUUUUUGGAUUCCAAGCUUGAAUGUCGAGAGGGCAGAUUUAAGAGAAGCGAGCCCCAAAUUUUGGCUCCGAAUUUCUGUUUGUUGGUGAUUUCAUUUUGCUAAAUGUUGUUGAAAAUCGCGUCAUAAUAUAGGUUUCGGUUGUAUUUUCAGUAAAUACUGGAUUUGGCUUAAACUUAGCUCAAUUCGGAGAUUUUCAGCUAUUUUUGUUAGGUUUUGACAUUUUUUUAUAGAAAUAUUGUUAUGUUCUGAGCAAUGGCGCUUAAGCUUCCCGCGUCAGAAGCAGCCAAGGUUGCCAUUCAGUCGAUUGGACGUGGAUACGACAUAUCCUUAGAUCUGAGGUUGAAGUACUGUAAAGGGGAUUCACGUUUGAUUGAGAUCGGUGAGGAUCAGGGUAGGGAGAUUGUUCUACCUGGCGGGACUUCUAUGCCAAACGUUUCAAAAUCGAUCAAGUGCGAUAAAGGAGAGAGAACGAGAUUUCGCUCGGAUGUUCUAUCUUUCCAGCAGAUGUCAGAGCAAUUUAAUCAAGAGCUGUCAUUGACUGGAAAAAUUCCUUCUGGGCUCUUCAAUGCUAUGUUUGAGUUUUCUGGUAGUUGGCAAAAAGAUGCGGCAUACACAAAAACCCUUGCUUUUGAUGGAAUGUUCAUAUCACUCUACACUGUUGCACUUGAAAAAUCUCAGAUGGUGCUGUGUGAUCAUGUAAGAAAAGAAGUUCCAUCAACAUGGGAGCCUGCUGCAUUGGCAAGGUUCAUUGAAACGUUUGGCACACAUAUUAUUGUUGGUAUAAAGAUGGGUGGGAAGGAUGUAAUAUUUAUGAAACAACAGCAUUCUUCAUCACUUCAACCAGCUGAUGUGCAGAAAAGAUUGAAGCUGAUGGCUGAUAAAAGGUUUCUAGAUGUAAAUGAACGAUAUGGAAUGGAUGCAGAACAAAUAUACCAGACUGAGAAGUUUGAAAUGAGGGAGACAAGGCUGAGGUUUGCAGAUACUGGCACAUCAAGUUCUUACUCACAUAAAGAUGAUAUUGUUAGCAUCUGCAAAAGGAGAGGUGGAAGUGAUAAUAGAACUUUGGCCCAUAAAGAGUGGCUACAAACGGUACAAUUAGAGCCUGAUGUGAUCUCAAUGUCCUUUAUUCCCAUAACGGCCCUUCUGAAUGGCGUCUCUGGGAGUGGAUUUUUGAGCCAUGCCAUUAAUCUAUACUUGCGCUACAAACCACCAAUUGAAGAACUUCACCAGUUCUUGGAAUUUCAGUUGCCUAGACAGUGGGCACCUGUUUUCAGUGAUCUCCCUCUUGGUCCACAGCGGAGGCAACAAGGUUCACCUUCAUUGCAGUUCAGUUUAAUGGGUCCCAAACUUUUUGUAAAUACCACUCCGGUUGAUGUGGGUAAGAGGCCCGUCACUGGCCUGCGGUUGUAUCUCGAAGGUAAGAGAAGCAACCGCUUGGCAAUCCACUUGCAGCACCUGUCCUCCCUUCCAAAUAUUUUCCAGCUUGUGGAUGAUCCAAAUGGAAACUUCCGCCAGGAAUCAUAUGAUCGCAAAUAUUAUGAGAAGGUUCAGUGGAAGAACUUUUCCCAUGUAUGCACUGCACCAGUUGAAUCUGAUGAGGACCUUUCAAUUGUCACUGGAGCACAGUUACAGGUUGGGGAUUACGGGUUCAAAAAGGUUCUGUUCCUGCGUCUCCGCUUCUCAACUGUUACACAGGCUGUUGCAGUAAAGCAUCCAGAAUGGGAUGGUUCCCCUGGACUGGCCCGCAAAUCUGGACUUAUAUCUACCUUGAUUAGUCAUCACUUCACAUCAGUUCAAAAACCACCUCCACAGCCAGCUGAUGUGAAUAUAAACUCAGCUGUUUAUCCCGGGGGCCCUCCAGUUCCUGUCCAAACACCUAAACUCUUGAAAUUUGUUGACACAACAGAGAUGACGAGAGGGCCACAAGAAACACCUGGUUAUUGGGUUGUUUCAGGUGCAAGACUUCUGGUUGAAAAAGGGAGGAUCUCACUCAGGGUCAAAUAUGCAUUAAUCACAGUAGUACUACCUGAUGAUGAAGAGUCGGACCGAAAUUAGGUUUUUGGCUUCUCAAGAAAAUAAGGAAAUUUUGAUAUAACCCUGUAAGAAGAUUGGACUGAGGACAUCAGUGUCCUACUAGACCACAUCGUAGUCGAAGGAUGUAACAAAUUUCCACCAUGAAUUGAAGAAUGAAUACCUUACCUCUCUUUCGACAUGGAGAAUUUGUUGUGCAAGGAGAAAAAGCUAUCAAGAUUAAGAAGAUUGACACAUUACUUGUAUUAUUUGUUUUCCAUUCUGUACCAUGGGAUUUUUUUUCUGUUUUUUACAUGCAUGAUCAGACAUUUGCUCAUUCUCUACUGUAGAUACAACGAGUGUUAAUGAUGUAGCUUUUAACCAUAAAUCAGUUGAGGGUGUUUGUGCUUA